CCCAACUCUCCACGCCUUCUUCGACCUCAUCCUCUCGCCCUCACACAGCUCGACAGCCGAGUUCCCUGUUCACCUGGCAGAAUCGCAGACAAGUCUGGUUAUUUUUUAUAGCCAGCUGUUGAAUAUUCUUUCACUUGUUCAUUUCUUCUUUUCUUUUCCCGCGUCGCAGCUAGCUUGCGACUGAUCCACCUUGGGCCUCCUGCGUCAGGACUUUCCUCGUGUUUGGAGAGAUAAAGAAAACAUCAACUGGUUGCUUGCAGCGCAUUGAGACGGAAAAAGACAGGUCGCAUUUGUCUCCUGAAAUAGUCACCGCACAUCACAACUUCAUCAACUUCAGCAUCGUUCGCCGCGCUUAGCUUAAGCGCGCCACCAUCACGACAUCAUGGGUGUUCCCAAGUUCUUCAGAUGGCUCUCGGAGCGUUACCCGGCCAUCUCUCAGCUCAUUGCCGAGAACCGCAUUCCCGAGUUCGACUGUCUCUACCUGGACAUGAACGGUAUCAUUCAUAACUGCACGCAUAAAGAUACCGGCGAAGACACGACGUUCCGGCUCAGUGAGGAGGAGAUGUUCAUCCGCAUCUUCAAUUACAUUGAGCAUUUGUUCGGGAAGAUCAAGCCGAAGCAGCUCUUCUUCAUGGCCAUUGACGGUGUUGCACCGAGAGCCAAGAUGAACCAGCAACGCGCUAGACGAUUCCGAACAGCCCUCGACACCGAGAAGGCCCGUGACAAGGCCAUCAGCGAGGGAGUAGAGAUGCCUAAGGAGCCUCCCUUCGAUAGCAACUGCAUCACGCCCGGUACCGAGUUCAUGGCCAAGUUGACGCAGCAGCUCAAGUACUUUGUCAACAAGAAAGUCUCCGAAGAUGCCGACUGGCAAGGCUGCGAGAUUGUCCUGUCUGGUCAUGAGGUCCCUGGUGAGGGUGAGCACAAGAUCAUGGAAUACAUCAGGAACGCCAAGGCGCAGCCUGACUACGAUCCCAACGUUCGCCACUGCUUAUACGGUCUUGAUGCUGAUCUCAUCAUGCUGGGUCUGCUCAGUCACGACCCUCAUUUCUGCCUCCUCCGAGAGGAAGUCACUUUUGGCCGUGUGAAUAAGGCCAAGACCAGAGAGCUGGAACACCAGAAUUUCUACUUGCUGCAUCUAUGUAUAGUGCGCGAGUAUUUGGAGCUCGAAUUCCAAGAGCUUCAGCAGCCUGGCCGGCUGAGCUUCCCCUUCGAUUUGGAACGGGUUAUCGACGACUUCAUUCUGAUGGCUUUCUUCGUCGGAAAUGAUUUCCUUCCGAAUCUUCCUCGCCUCCACAUCAACGAGGGUGCCCUCGCUGCCAUGUUUCGCAUCUACAAGUCUGUUCUCCCCCAAGGAGAUGGAUACAUCAAUGAGGGCGGUGUCAUCAACCUGCCCCGCCUUCAAAGGCUCCUGAAUGAGCUUGCCAAGGAUGAGACCAACCAAUUCGAGAACGAUGUCAGCGACGAAAAAUGGUUCCAGUCCAAAAAGCUCACGGAACCUAAUGGCGCCGACAACAGAAGGCCUAAGGGCAAGGGACUUGUUUUGACUUCGUCCCAGAGAGACCUGUGGAAGCAGCAAAUCCGACCCUAUGUCAACAAACCUUCGCCCGAACCACUCGAUCUCGGAACUGGUCUCAACGCUGCUGAUAGAAAGUUCGUUCAAGACCUUGCCGACACCCUUCACAUUGAGUGGAGUACCAAGGAGGAUGAUGAGGGCCAUCGCCAUCUCCUUCUUUCGUUCCCCAAGGGCGCCGAGAACGUUAACGAGGAAGAAGAGGAGGGAACUCUGGCACUCUACCGAGUCAUGCGCACUUAUGACAAGGCCACUGUUGUCGACGUCAGUGGCGAGGAUGCCCAGCGUCAAUACAAGGAACUCUAUGACCAGAAGUACCAGGGUUGGAAGACCAAGUACUACUUGCAGAAGUUCCCCGAGUGGGCGCCUGAGCAGUACGAUGCUGAGCUCAUCAAGCUCUGCGAGAACUACGUUCAAGGUCUUCAAUGGGUUCUGUACUACUACUACCGCGGGAUCGCCUCGUGGCCGUGGUUCUACCAGUACCACUACUCUCCUUUGACCUCUGACGUCAUCAAGGGUCUUGGAGCCGACCUUAACUUCAAGCUGGGCCAGCCGUUCAGGCCCUUCGAACAGCUCAUGGGUGUCUUGCCUGACCGAAGCAAGUCCAUCGUCCCUGAGGUCUACUGGGAUCUGAUGACCAACCCGAACUCGCCCAUUUACGACUUUUAUCCCAGAGACUUCGAGCUUGACAUGAACGGAAAGAGAAUGGAAUGGGAGGCCGUUGUGAAAAUUCCCUUCAUUGAUGAGAAGCGAUUGCUUGGCGCGAUGGAGCCCAAGAACAAGCUUCUCAGCCAAGACCAGAAGGAGCGAAACGGAUUCGGAGUCGCUCUCAAAUUCACUUACAACCCAGAGGUCUCCAUCACCUAUCCGUCAUCUCUCCUGGGCGUCUUUCCUGACAUCAGCCCAUGCCACUGCGUGGAGAACAUCUUCGAGCUUCCCAACACUGAGGGUCUUACUUAUCGCAAUGGCCUCACUGAUGGUGCCAAGAUCAACGUCGAGGCACUUGCAGGGUUCCCAACCCUGCACACUUUGCCCUACACGGCGAUGCUGGUGGAAAACUUUGGUGUUAAUGUCUUCCAGGCAGACAGCAAGAACCCCAGCAUGAUUGUAACGCUCACCGACUCGGAACUUAGAACCAGGGCCGAACAGGCUUCACAGAAGCUUGGAAAGCGAUGUUUCGUCGGAUACCCGUUCCUCCAAGAGGCCAAGAUCGUUAAGGUGACCGAUGAGCUCUUCGAUUACGAACUUGACGGCAACGGCUCUGUUGUUCAGAAGCAUCAUGGCCCCAAAGACAUUGACUUUUUCAACAAGGAGUCGGGAUACAUUGAAAACUGGCACUCCAAGCGGCUCGGCAUUGUCAUCAACUCAGUGGAAUCCCUGGUUCACGUCCAUAUGCUGAAGGGUUUAAUCAAGACUGAAGAAGGUGCCUUGGUCAAGGAGUAUGCGCUGAACCCCAGCAUGAGAAGCGUGUAUGCUUCUCAGACCAUCGUCGACCAAGUUAUCAACGAGGACGAGCGAUUCAUCGAGAGGGCUGCUGUUCCCAUUGAAGAGGAGUACCCCACUGGCACUCAGGCUUUCUUCUUGGGCGAGUACAACUACGGACGUGCCCUGGAGGUUACUGGCCAUGCCAACAAUAAGGCCAAUAUCAGAGUCUCUGUCUUGAAGAACAAAGAGCCCGAUUUCGCCAAGCCGAUUAUUCAGGACAUGAAGCGUCAGAAUCGAUACACACCGUCUUACGCCGUUGCCAAGAUGCUCAACCUCCACCCCUUGAUUCUCAGCAAAAUCCUGUCUUCCUAUCAGGUCAACACGGUUGGUGGCCUGAGAGUCAACUUGGGUCUCAACCUGAAGUUUGAUGCCAAGAAGCAGAAGGUGCUUGGCUACUCGCAAAAGUCGGAUUCCGGUUGGGAAUUCAGUAACGCUGCCAUUGAGCUUCUGGCCAGAUACAUUGCUGCGUUCCCUGACUUCUUCGCCGCUAUCCAGCAGAAUCCUCAGUCAAGUGACGUCAGCGACACUGACCUGUGGAAAGACCCCAAGGUGGCCGCUCAGCGAGUGAAAGAGAUCGGAGCUUGGCUCAAGGCAGCUCAGACCAGCAAGUUUGAGCGAGUUCCAUUGGAAGCAGAGCAGCUCGACUCCGUGGUGGUCAUGAAGCUUGCCGAGGCUGGCGCGCAAGUGUUCCUUCAGUCUCACGACGUGGAGGUCAAGAACAUGAAGGGCGUCCCGCGAUCGGCCAUCAUGAAGCCCACCGAUGCUGAGCUGUUCCUCAGCAACCAGAAGUUCGCUCUUGGCGACCGCGUUAGCUUCUUGUCGUCUUCUGGCAAAGUGCCACUUGGAAGCCGGGGAACAGUGGUUGGUCUCAGCCGUACCGCCAACAACCUUCUUCUAGAUGUUGUUUGGGAUCUCACCUUCAUGAGCGGUACAACCUUGGGUGAAAGAGCCCCGCCUUUCCGUGGCAUGACCGUUGCUUCCUCCUCGGUUCUCAACACCACGUACAAGCAGGUAGUGUCUGGUUCGAAAGCUGGCAUGCAGCGCAAACCGGCGGCGGCUCCGGUGUCGCUUACGACCAUGGCGGCGGGCGUCCAGCAGUACAAGGACGCGCCUGCUCCUGGCCCACUCAGAGGUACCUGGCGGGGUGCUGCCAACGGCAGUCAGGGCCAGUCCAGCCGCGGCCGCGGUCGUGGGAGUGGACCCAACUUGCUGCACAGCACUCUUGUCUACCGCCCUCACCAGAAUGGCACGGACGAGGCUCACGAGGUCAACGGACAAACCCAGCGCGGUGGGGGCAACUUCAGGGGUAGAGGUCGAGGCCGGGGUGGACCCAUUCAGCACCCCGGACACUCGGGUCUUCACGAGAUGCCGGCACAACCGCAGCAGCCGGUUUACGGCAACGUCCCGCCUCCUGCCAACCUUGACGCUCGUGGCAGAGGUCGUGGCCGUGGAGGACGUGGCGGACGGGGUAGAGGCGCUCCCCGCGGUCGUGGUGCGAACGGAGCGACAAACGGAGCCACUCCUGACGCCGCGCAGUCUUAGAGCAUUUUUGCCUUUAUUUCCUAUGGUUUCUCUUGGCUCAGUAGAUACCCCUUGACGAAGCGAUGUGGUUUCUGAUAGAUGGCCUCAGCCCCAAAAGAGGGCUCACGAACUAGAGUUACGGCAAACGUGGGAUACGAAGACGCGCAUAGCGAUGCUUUCUGGAAUCAAUGGAGACUAGUAGUGUCGCUAAAAGGGCGUACAGUGGUGUAGUCAGCAGUAGGAAAUAAUAAACGCUUCGAGGUGCCGUCACUCUCAUUCA